GUUUAACUUCCUGGUUCAGUACUGUUGUUAUCGUCAGUAAUGCAUAGUUCUCUUUAUUGUUCAGUUUAAGGACAAACUACGGACAUGUUGAUUCACAGCGUCAUCCUGCUAACUAGCUGCUAACUAGCUAACGAACGCUAACUAGCUGGUGUUUGUUAACUAGCUGUUGGUAACUUCCUGCUGUCUGUGUCCCUGUCGACAACAGGUAUGUUUGCGUCCUGCUGCAGCUGGUUCUGUUUAGAAUCAGCUGGAGUCGAGCAUCUUUCUGGAGAUGAGCGACGUCAACAGUCUUACACCAACUCAGGCUUCAACAGCCCGCCGCCGCCCCCCCCACCGGAACCCACCUGUAAGGCCUGCGGGGGGGAACUCGACACACCUGCCAAGAAGCAUGUGUGUGUGGACUGCCAGAAGGACUUCUGCUGCCGUUGCUCCGCCCACCUGGAGCCCCGCCCCCGUCUCUGUCACACCUGUCAGCGUUUCUACGGCAACCUGCUCGAGAGGGCGGAGCUGAUGAAGCUGAAGGUGAAGGAGCUGCGGGAUUAUCUGCACCUGCACGAGGUUUCCACCCACCUGUGCAGAGAAAAGGAGGAGCUGGUGGAGCUCGUCCUCGGCCGGCAGCCUUCACCAUCCUCCCCCCCCGACACCGUGACCCUUGACCCACCGUCGGUCACAUCUGACCCCCCUGAUAUCGCCGUCUUCCCUCCAGACCCCCCCGCCCCGACGCUUGACCCCCCCGCUGUAGAGCCUGAAGCCUCGCUCCCUCCCACAGGCCCCGCCCCCGCCGAGCCCGAGGUUCAGGAUGAAGACCAGGUCUGGGACCCGGAGGAGGCACCUGUUUCUGGCCGUCGGGCGUCCCUGUCCGACCUGAGCGGCGUGGACGACAUCGAGGCGCUCAGCGUCCGGCAGCUGAAGGAAAUCCUCGCCAGGAACUUUGUGAACUACAAAGGCUGCUGUGAGAAGUGGGAGCUGAUGGAGCGGGUGGUCCGGCUGUACCACGACCAGCAGAACCUCCAGGCUGCCAACGCUGCCAACGCCUCAGAGUCCGCUGGUGGUGCUGGUGGUGCUGGUUCUGCUGGUCCGGAGGAGAACCUGUGUAAGAUCUGCAUGGACUCUCCCAUCGACUGCGUGCUGCUGGAGUGUGGUCACAUGAUCACCUGCACAAAGUGCGGCAAGAGGAUGAGCGAGUGUCCCAUCUGCCGGCAGUACGUGGUGCGAGCCGUCCACGUCUUCCGGUCCUGAGAGCGACCCGAACCGAACCCGGAUCGUCUCCAAAGCAAUAAAACUGGGAAUCAAUCCUUCUGAAGGGACCCCUCCUCCUCCUCCUCCUCCUCCUCCUCCUCCUCCUCCUCCUC